UUCCCGAAUUCUGCUGUGACUCAUCUGGCAAGUGGACAUAGAUGCCAGAACCUCUGCUUCUUCCUUUGCGGGCCUGCCUGGUUGAGGGUGCGAAGCACGCCGCUCUUGCCACCUGCCCCAUCGGUGCCUCAGUGUCACAAGGAGGGUGGCCAAUUCUGCACUCACAGAGGAAAACCUGUGGGUUCCUUGGGGCCACCACCUAUAGUAAAACUGCUGGAAAAAAGAAUCCCUGCAGACUGUUUUGUGAUUCAUUUCUUCCCCUUUCACAUGUACCCCGUAGGUCGACAAACUGUAUCCCAUUUGGAGAACUCAGAUAAAUAG